AUGUCAACUGUUUCUGGAUCAACUACUAAGUCAUGUAUGUCUGAAAGAGCAAAGGCAGAGAAGAGAUUGCGACUUGCAAAUCUGAGAAAGCAACAAAUUCUGAAGCAAGCUGAGUUGAAACGUAAGCAAAUUGAAUUAGAUUCUCAAACUUUAGCAGCCGAAGCAGAUGCUGAAGAAGCUCAAAUUGAGUAUGAUAUGUUGUCAAGUGCUAGCCAUUCAAGACAAGGCUCAGUUAUUGACGGGUCAACAUUUUAUGGAUUUGAGGCUCAAUCUAGUUCUGAGAAAGUUGUCAAGUCAACUCCGAUUACUGAUCAUUUGAAGUUAUUAAGUCAAGAUGAUGUGGCUGAUACGUCACUUCCGCCUCCUAUGAAACCAUCAAAUGUGUCGGACUUUGAUCCAGAGAAAGCAAAUAGAAUCUUGCGGCAAAUUUUUACUCCUAUGGCAAAGGAUGACAAAGGAUGUAUGUUGGAUCCGAACGUUCCAUUCAUAUCAAAUGAGAAUCAAAUUCCAUCACCUGCGAAGAAUUUGGUUCUGCUAAAGAAGCAAUAUUGUCAUGUGAUUGUGAAGAGAUUUCCAAUACAACAUUUAUGGAAGUUUGCUCACAUUGCCAAUGAGAAGUACACCAAUGGAGAUCUUGUUAAUUUUGAUACACUUCUUACGUUUAUGGAGACAGUGUCAAAUGUGAAUAGAUCUGGAUUUGGUAAGCUUGCACUUGAGACACAAAAGGGAAAGAGAUAUGUUGAUAGUCCGAGUCAGCGGGGCAACCGCAGUGUGUCAUCAUUUCUCAUUUCUGAAGAGUCAUCUUCUAAAGCACCCACAGCUGAUUCUAAGUUGAGUAAUGCCACGUUGAGAAAACCACUACGAGAGUGCGUUGUGUGCAAAUCUGAUCAUCAGUUGUGGAGGUGUGAAGAAUUUAAGAAAAGGAAAGCCAAAGAGAUGUUCGAGAUUGUUUCCAGGAACAAGUUGUGUUUCAAUUGUUUGCUUCCAUAUCAUUUUGCAAGCCAGUGCAAGUCAAAUUAUCAUUGUAGAGCACCAGGUUGCAAUAGAAGACAUCACACACUGUUGCAUGUUAAUAAGAAGCCUGAUUCAGUGAAACCAAAUGGUAGUACAGAUGUGCAAUUACCUCAAGAUGUGAGGUCUAAUGAGGUCGGAGCUACGACCGCCAAUGAGGCCGGUGUAACUUCGACUCAGUUGUGUGCUACUGAAGUUAAACCUGCCACUUUUAUAAGAAGAAAGGUGGUUCCUGUGCGAGUAUGGGGAACCGAUAAUCGAUCAUACGACACAUAUGGAUUCAUUGAUGAUGGCAGUAAUGUUAGCAUUAUCAAAACUGAGCUUAUGAAGAAACUUGGUUUACAAGGCAACAGCGACCCACUCGUAAUUAAGACGUUGGGUGGAAAAAUUGAACAUAAAUCAAGUCCUGAAGUGUCACUGAAUAUUCAAGGACUCAAUGAAACUAGGAUUAUUCAGAUGCAUGGAGUUCGAGUGUUGGACGAUCUUCCCUCGGAUUUGGAAUGCAACAUACCGUCUAAUAGUGCGAUGGCGAAAUACGAAUACUUGAAAGAUAUCAAUUUUCCAAAUGCAAAGAAUGCAAAAGUUGAAGUCCUGAUUGGUGUAGAUGUGCCUGAAGCUCAUGCGUGUUAUGGAAUGCGACGUGGGAGUAAUUCAGAGCCAUUUGCUGUACAUACUGGUCUUGGAUGGGCAUUAUUCGGGCCGGAUGGUAAAUUUCAUCAACCAAGUGUAAAACAUCUUGAUUGGAUUCAUUUGGAUAAUGAAGAAUUGCAUGUUCAGAUGGAGCAAGCUUUUCGGAAUGAAUUAAAGGAUUCUAAGGUCAGUGGAUUUGACACUUUACCCUCUAUUGAAGACAAACAGGCUUUAAAGAUCAUGAAUGAUUCAAUUUGUAAAGUGAAUGGAAGAUAUCAAGUCAAGAUUCCAUGGAGGUCAUCUAAUAUCGAGUUGCCUGAUAAUAAGCAAGUUGCUGAACGAAGAUUUGAGAAUUUACAGAGACGUUGUGUCAAAGAUUCUGGAUAUUAUGAAAAAUAUAAAGCCAAGAUGGAUGAAUACAUCUCUAAAGGAUAUGCUAGUAAAAUUGAAGACCAAGAUUUGAUACACAAGAAAAAUACAUGGUAUAUUCCUCACCAUGGGGUUGGAGGAAAAUUUCGAAUUGUUUUUGACGCGUCUGCCAAGUGUAACGAUAUAUCAUUGAAUGACAAUGUUUUAAGCGGACCACCGGAAACAAGCAGUUUGUUUGGUGUCCUUACAAGAUGUCGCGAAGAGAAAGUUCUGAUCAUUGGUGAUAUUUCUGCAAUGUAUCAUCAAGUUUUGGUUGCACCGGAAGACAGAGAUUCUCUGCGGUUCCUUUGGUGGCAAGAUGGAGAUUACAAUCAACCAGUUGCAGAGUAUCGUUGGAAUGUUCACAUUCUUGGUGGCUCUUGGGCUCCUAGUGUAUGCUGUUAUGCCCUGAGGAGAGUUGCUGUCGACAAUCGAGAUCACAUGGACAAGGAAACCUUAAGUGCAAUUAAUGAAAAUUUUUACGUCGAUGAUUUGCUUCGGUCAGAGCCAACCGUGGAAGAUGCAGUUCAUCGUAUAAAGGAUUUGUCCUGUCUUCUUGAUGGUUCGGGAUUUCAUCUUACUAAGUUUUUGAGUUCUCAACCUAAAGUUUUGGAAACUAUCUCUGAAGCAGAUAGAUCACCUACUACAAUAAGUUUUAAUUUUGAAGAAAAUAUGUCACAGAAGGCAUUGGGUUUACUGUGGGAUGUAUCUACUGAUGCAUUUCGUUUCGAAGUCAAUAUUGAGCAAAAUCCAUAUACAAGACGUGGAUUGUUGGCGAUGCAAGCACAGAUUUUUGAUCCUCUUGGUAUUUUGGGUCCCUUUUUGUUACCUAUGAAGAGAUUACUUCAACAAUUAUGUGCAGAGAAUUUUACCUGGGAUCAACAGUUACCUGAUAAAGCUAUUGAUUUAUGGAAAAAGUGGAUGGUUCAACUUCCUGAAUUUAGAAAAGUUUCUGUGCCAAGAUGGUUCAAAGGCUCCAAAUAUGGUGAUUGUACAAUGCAGUUGCAUACGUUUUGUGACGCCUCUGAAGUUGGUCUGGGAGUUGUGAGUUAUGUUCGAGUUGAAAGCAAAGAUGGCAAUAUACAUUGUGAGUUCAUUGCUGGAAAAUCGCGAGUUGCACCACUGAAGUCCAUUUCAAUUCCUAGACUUGAGUUGUCUGCUGCUGUCAUUGCUGUGAAACUAAGUGCAAUGAUUCAAAAAGAGUCAAAAUAUAAAUUUGAUGGAGUGACAUUUUGGUCUGAUAGUACAUCAGUGCUGCAAUACAUCAAUAAUGUCAAAACAAGAUUUAAAGUAUUUGUAGGAAAUAGACUUUCUGUAAUACAUGAGCAUUCUACACCAAAGCAAUGGAGAUAUGUUGGCACUAAAGAAAAUCCAGCGGACUUGGCAUCAAGAGAAGUCAUGCCUGAGAAGUUAAGCAAGUGUGAUUUGUGGUUCCAGGGUCCUGAAUUUUUAGGAAAGAGUGAAGAUUAUUGGCCAGAAAGACCAAAAGUUUUGCCAAUGAGUGAAGACAAUUGUGAAAUCAAGAAAACACACCAGAUGUUUGCUAUAACACAGGAAACAAUUGAGAAAACACCAGUCUUUUUCACGUUAUUGAAGAGAUAUUCAUCUUGGAGAAAAUUACAGAAGUCAGUUGCAUGGUUGACACGUUUCAAGAAAUGUAUAUCAUGGAAAUUUGGUCAUGCUAAUAAACCUGAAUUUUGUAAGGAAGGUUUAACUGUGGAUGAAAUAAAUGCUGCGACUCAUGACAUAUUACAUCUUGUUCAGAUGGAAAUGUUUUCAGAAGAUGUGUUUAAGUUAGACAAGAAUUCACCAUUGUGA